AUGAAAACAGCAAGUCACCAGUAGGUACAAUAUCUUCAACAUGUUCGUCAGCUCAUGCAGGACUAUACUCGGGCUAAAAGUGAUAAGUGAUUGAUCACCCUUGCCCAGCUACAAAUAUUGAGUUCGGAGACUUCAAUCUUGAAUUUCGUCGGAGGCUGACCUGGCCUGAAACGGAUCCAUGUUCUGUAUUUAAUUCUCAAUGGUGAGUAGUCUACCUCCUUUCACCAUCCCCCAGUCGAUCAUAGUGUCAUGUCCAUAACGGACGUUGCCCACCGUCUUAUCCUUACAGUGAUCAGUCUUAUUGCGUUUAUGACAUCCAAAAUCCUCAUGGAGCGGGACGUCAGCCCUGGGAACGCUGAGUCCUUGACGAUUUGUAAAGAAACACACCAAGGGGAAUUUUACGAGAGGAUCGUAUUUUACCACUCAUCGAAAUGGCAUGUGUACCAGAAAGGGCGAUAUGCAGGAUUUAUGACAGUCUUCCCGGCAAGUGAAUCUAAUUGCGUUGAUCUAUACGUGUCGAAGAGCCUGAGAUUCUUCGGGAAAAUUCUUGGUGUUCUCGGCUUGGUAUGCUCACGUCAUUAUGUUCCUUGGCGCACUAUCACGAUCUAUGAGCAGCCACGUUAUCCACCGAGAGUGCCCGGGAUGAGGCUAAUCAAAUAUGCACCUUUGUUUCCACGCUUGGCUUCCCAGCUGCCCUGGAGCUCUCGUCAUCUCGAAAAUGUUUCGAGCGUAUGCAAAGACACCCUAAGGAGAAGAGAGUAUGUCGAGGUCCUUGCAAAAAGUAUAAUCAGGCGCAAAGUGAAAGAAUCGCAAUUAGGCCACGGCAGCAUCAGUCCAUCAUAUCAUCCGGUCCCAAGUCCGAAUAGCCAGAAAGCACACGACCUCCGCAAAGCUCUCGUGAAGACACUAGGAGCUAGCGCAUUGAAGAGGGAGUCACUCGUGAUCAAGGAGAAAGAAGCACCCCACACUCCGAAGGAAAUCCGUUUGGAGCGUCGCAUGCGUUUGGCCCUUGGAGAGAAUCUAUCGAUCAAGAACCUUGCUUCCGCUGCUAUUGCGAGAAAGGCGCCUGCAUCUCCUCUGCCGGACCGUUCGCCAUCCCGAAUCCAUUCUCUACAGCCGAAGACGCGUUAUCGAAACCAGAAGUCGAGUCGUCACAGUCUUCAUGAAGCGGCGGCCACCUCGUUCACACUGUUUGUGAACCUCGGCCCGGACUCGGAAGACGCUGUUCCGGGUUCAAACGUUCACUCGCUGUAGUCUCUAUGUAAAUAUUGUAUGCCAUGCUUGUGAGCUUAUCUGUGAAUGAACCUGC